GACACGGUCCAGUCUUCGGACGCAUGCCGAUGCCGACGCGGACGUCCAUGGAUGCCGCCAGGACGGUCGUCGUGACCGCCUACCAGGAGCUGCCGCGCCGCCGUUCCGGCAGCCACGGCUCGUCGUCGUCCAGGACGCGCUCGGUCGCGGGAGGCUACAACCGCCGGGCGAUGCUGCUCGCGUACGCGCAGCACCUGCGGCGGCGCGGCGGGCAGAGGUCGUCGUCGUCGUCGUCGUCCUUGGGACCGCCGCGCGCGCUGGAGUGGGGCGAAUGGAAGCGGGCGGACGAUCCCGGCGCCGGCAACGACGACAAGCAGGUGGUGGCGGGGCGGAGGAGGGGCUGCUGCUCCAGGCUCCGGCUGUGGGCGCGGCUCUGGAUCAGGACGUUUUUCCGUCGCGUCAGGAGGAUCAGGGAGAACGCGUCGUGCAGGAAAGCAGAUUGAACGGGUUGGUCAUGCACGACAGUUCGACGAUACGAGGAAGAAUCAGUUGGUCAUCGGCGAAUCAGGCCUGCAUCUGCAUGUGUUCCGGAAUUUUUCUGUGUGUGUGCUGAACUCGUGCGUGCAUCUCCACAUGUACGACAUGUACCAUAACAAAAAUGCAGAUGGGUUGGGUAGGCCGCUUGCGUAACAUUCUAAAAUUUAGACGUGA